GUCCGAAUUUUUGUAAAUAUUAUAUUGUGAUAAAUCACUGUGACAUUUCCGCAAUAUAGUUUCAUUCUUCACUGAAAGCAUGUAAUAAAUGAGCCGCGCCAUGAUAAAACCAACAUAAUGCGUUGCGACCAGCAUGGAUCCAGACCAGCCUGCGCAUCCGCGUCAGGGCUUUCAAACCUUAUUACAAGUAGAGAAACUGAUAGCGAACAGCAUGGAUCCUGAUCAGACUGCGCGGAUGUUGAUUUUAUCAUGGCGCGGCUCAAAUGUCUAAAUAAUUUGCAUGCCCUUCAUUUCGAGUUCUAGCUAAAGUAUGGGAAAUUAUAUGACAUAGAUAUGUUAAAGGGUACACAUAGUUAAUGAUAACAUUUAUGUAAGUUAUUUUUAAAUAUCAUUUGUUAUUUUCACAAUAAACAUAUCGGCUGUUGUCGAUAUAUUUCUUAUCAUUUGUUAAUCACAAUACUUGCGUUUAAGACGACUACCACAGUCGUCUUAAAGUGAAUGAACAUCUUUUUACUUAUCAAUUAUUAUUAUCACAAUGCUAUUAUGUUUGAAUACUCUAACCUCUUAAACUAACCGGCAACGGAUACUGUACAGCCAGUUUAGAACCGUGCAGUCAGCCAUGAUUUAUAAUGUUGAUUGUCGUAUGUUUUAUCAUUAAAAAAUAUCAAAAUACAUUAAACUUUAAAGAACUCUUUUAUGUAAUAUGCAAAACACGCUAAAAUCCAUUAUUUUUAAAUUCAGUAGGUUAAUUGUUGAUCCAUUAUCUCAUGUUUAUCUAGGUUUAUCAUACGGUUUAUCAUUCACUUAACGCAUUGUUACAACGUAUCCGUAUUACAAUUAUUCACUAUGACCUGUAUAAUUCAUACUAUUUGAAAGUUUAAAGGGAUAAGGAUAGGAUUUGUUCACACGACGGGACCGAAAAUAUUUUUUUUCGAGAUUUCUGCACUGUCGGUAUAGACUAGACGUGCAAAAUUUUAAUCGUUCCCCGCUCACUCCGGUCAUGCCAGAAUAAUCAGUUUAAUUUUUGUUUUCCCCCUUUAAGCUAAAAAGGUAUUUAUUAUACAAAAAUGCCUUUUCAAUUUAAUUUUGGCCACAUAGUUCUUUUAAAUUUCUUGCCUUUUUCAUAUAAUUAUAUCGUGUCCUAUUUGAUCUAUGUAUAAAUUUUAAAUUAUAUUUUCCAGGAGUUUUGACCCCAGUAAUUUCCCUUUAAUAGUAUUGUCAUAAACAAGUACCGCGACUUACAAGAAAUAAAAACCCGUUUUAAUUAUUGUUUAAAAUCAAUUGAAACAUAAAUAAUGAAUGGCAAAAUUUCCGAAAUUUUUAUCGACGUACAUACAGUAUUUAAUAAUAAUGAUACUGACGCACGUAUGUAAUUGAUAAUAACGAUAAGACGAACACAUUAUGAACUAAAACAAAUAUGUAUUUAAACUACAUGUAGUGAUAAUGUACCCUACUUAUUUGAGUUAUGUGUUCAUACGUGUUCAUUGAGGUAAAAAGUUGUUUUCCUUUAUUUGAAUAAUGUAAUAAUUAUAAAUAGUAACAAAAGUUUGGAUAAAUAGAUGUAAUUAGUUUUUACAUUCAGAGAAUAUUUAUACAUAAUGUAUAUAAAUAGUAAAAGGUUUUGAUGAAUAUUUAGUUUUAUUUUUAAAAUUCACAUUUUGUUUAAUAAUUUGUGUGAUAAAGUGAAUGCAUAUCUUUGUCUUCGGGAUAAUCAAAAUUAAAAAUGUUAACACUGCGUUUUGAUAAAUGUUAAUCAGCAAGUGAGUUUGGUUUAACGGAAUUUCAGAGAAAGCCGAUAAAUCUCAGAAAUAUAUCAAAUUGAAAUGGCUGAAGUUUAGAUGUAUUAAAAGGAAGUACGAACAGACGGUUAGAAUGAUACGAUAUCAACGCUUAUGUUGACAUUUUUACGUUACCAAUUAUUUUAUUACAUAAAGUUUCAUGAAAAGAUACAUCAAACAUCAAGUUUACAGUGACAGUGGAAAUAAAUUCUUCCGGAGUCUUUAUUUCUCAACAUAAGUGAACAUUAUAAAACGCGCUGGUAGAUAUGGAGAUGUCGUACGUCAGUACAACGUCGACGUAUAACAACGUCACGGCAGCGACAUUACGUCCAUCAAAUCACUCGGUGCCAAUUUACGUUCUUGUUGUUACCAUAUUAAGUUGUUUGCUAUCUUUGAUUGGAAUAAUAUGCAUAUUUGUAUCUUAUUAUGCCAUCGCUUCCGUCCGGAAUUAUAUCCGAAAACUAUUACUGUGUUUGACCAUUGCUAAUUUGCUGGAUGUAAUUGGGAUAAUCAUUGGCUUAGCAAGAUACAUACUUCUGGAAUACACAGAUGUAAGCAAUCAGCAUGAACAAGAAAGUUGCACCCUUCACAGUUUUAUAACAUCAUUUGCCCCAUGUAGUUCUUUUUUCUGGACUGUUUUAAUAGCGGUUUAUAUUCAGGUCCAAGUACUGAAACCGAGAUGGGUUGAUAACAUGUCUAACAAGCGUGCAACCGUUACGUAUCAUGUGAUGUCAUGGGGUAUACCAGGUAUCACAUGUAUAGUGGGCUUGUACUUUGACGUAUUUGGUGACACCGAGGACAUCUUCACAGGACCUUGGUGUUGGAUUAGGACAAGCUUACCGAGAAAAACGGCCAUUCUGUGGAUGUUUCUGACAGUAAAAGGAUGGGAAAUCCUUUCCUAUAUCAUCUUAGCAGAAGUGCUGGUUUAUGUCGUUUAUAAAAAGUAUAUAUUACCCACAUGCAUGAAGAAAAGACGGACACCGUUUGCCGAGUUAUUCGGACAGAAUACACAAGUAAAUGUGUCCGAAGGUCUACGACCGGAAGAUAAGAAUUUUGUAUAUGUCUGGCUCAUAUUCUAUGUUCUUCGUUUUGGAGGAACCUUCCGAUUCUUGAUGCAUAUAAUCAAAGAACCAACAGAUGGCGUUAUGAUAAAUACAGAUAGAGCUAUGAUGGUAUGGCAAGCGUUUGGUGAUACGGCACAAGCGUUCGGAAACUUUAUUUUCCUUUGUGUCUUUGACAAAUCUAUCAGACAACAUUACUGUAGCAAACAUAUAAACAAUAUUAGCGAUGACCACGUGGCAGCCAGAAGCGAGGCUUUGGUAAACAGUGGUUUUACUUCAACAGAAUCAUUGCCAGCAUAACGGCAGACUUGUUUUAUCAUACAAUUUCAUGUCUUUCAUGGCCAUUUAUUACAACGAUUUCAUGUCGAAUAUUUAGUGUAUUUAAAGGAAACAAUCGUGGGAUGUUCUACCAUACUAGAAACUUAUCUGAAAAAAAAAAGACUGUAACUUUCACACUUUUGCUUUAUAACUGUUCUCUCCGUUGCCGAGUUUGUCAUUAUUCAAAAUACGUUACUGCACAGUAAAUGCAUAUGCUGAAGUUAAAAAAUGUAUAUAAUUGUCCAUUUUGGCAUUUUGGGCGCAGUUGUCUGCUACUGAAACAAUCUUCGUUUAAUUUAUUUUUUCUUUUGUUUCAGCAGAUAAUUUUUGAAAAAUAUUACUAUAACUGUUUCGUGAGUAUCAAUGCCUUGUCCCUAACAUUUUAAAUAUAUUUUGAAGCAUACAUUAGCGGUCUGUCCUGUGAAAAGGACACAUUUCUUAGAUGACUAAAGACUCUCACAAUAACAUGAAAAUGUUAACCAAUAAAUUCAUUGACACCUUUUACAACAGUGUGUGUCUGUAUUUCGUAGAAGUGUGAAAAGAGAAAAAAUAAUCCCUAAAGAAAGUCCAAAACAACAAAUUUG